CCUGUGAUGGGAGAAUGGCAUCAUCACCCACGUUGAUGAGGUGCUUUGUCACGAUGAUCCUUUGUCAAAAACACCUUGCGGGGCUUGCAUAUGGUUGGCAUCCAACCCCCACACUCCGGGGGGGGAUGCGGAGAACGAGGUAUAGGAUGCAUUGCUUCUAUGGACGUUGCUCUGGGGAAACAACGGGAAGCCAAGCCAUGUGUGGAAGCCGCUGCUAUCACGGACACCCCGAAAGCCAGUUCAGACCAAUACCAGAGAUGGAGUCUCGCUGUCUGUGUCAAUUCGGACCCGUUGGACCCGGAGGCAAGAGUUACCAGCCGACAUGACGGCCUUGUUCUCGUCGAUGCAGUGAUGAAGAAGCCGUCAUAUCGUUUUUUGGUUGAACAGAAGGAGUGCGGCUCAGGACACAAUUUAUGUACUUGUCUCCAAGAGAUGAAUAGGUCAGUCCGUGGCACGCUGAAGUUGGACUGGCGCUCACUUGAGCUCAUUCCCCGGGACAGCUGAAUUUGUUU